GUAAGUUUGUUACUAAAUUCAAACAAUAUACAACGUUUUGCCCUAUUAAAUAUAGCGUGACGACGUGUGAUUGACUGGAAUAGAGGUAGGACUUUUAAAGUGGAGGUAGGACUUUUAAAAUCCCACCUCCGACUCCGUCUCGUACGCGGCGUGAUGACGUCGAUUCCCUUUGGUGAACCCUUUUGCGAACGAAGAGUCGUAUCUGUGAAGUGGCUUAAGUAUUGUGGAAAGACUCGUUAAAGUGUCUUUCAGAAGUGCAUCUACCCCGGCGGGAACGUAACACAGAGUGAGUGCAAUAAAAGUCUGGCACAGUGCUCUGAAUGCGGAAAUAAAAAUAAAACUACAUUUCCCAGAGAUAAAGACACAUUUCCGCUUCCACUCGUGUGCUGAUGUGAAAUGGAUUCGAUUCAUUUGGAUCAUGAUCUGAAUUCAUAUCUGUUCGUGACGUCAGAGUUCAGUUCAAAGUCCUAAGAGACUUUCUACAGAAACAUCGGUCACAGGUGUGAAGCGAUGCUUUACUGCAGCACACGUGGAGGUGUUCAGGGUUGGAGUUUCAGAGAUGUGCUCUUCUCUGGAUACGCUCCAGAUGGAGGAAUGUUCAUGCCAGAGACGAUCCCAUCACUGUCUCCUGAAACACUGAGAUCCUGGAGACAUCUGUCCUAUCAGCAGCUCAUGUGUGAGAUCUGCUCCCUCUUCAUACCUCAACACGAAAUCCCAUCACAUCAUCUGAAGGAUCUGAUUUCAGAGGCGCUGUGUAAGUUCUCUAUAGCAGAAACAGUACGGAUAGUUUCACUGAAAGACUCUCUGUCCAUCCUGGAGUUAUUUCAUGGAGAAACUCUGGCAUUCAAAGACCUGGCCAUGUCCUGUACCGCCCAGUUCCUGAAAUAUUUCUUGCACAAAGAGAAGAAGCGGGCUAUGAUACUUGUAGGUACGUCGGGCGAUACGGGCGGCUCGGCCAUCAGAAGCAUCUUUGGUUUCAGUGAUGUGGACAUCGUGGUGGUGUUUCCUCGUGGACGCAUCACCAAAGUUCAGGAGAGACAGAUGACAACCAGCAUUGCAGAUAACAUUCAUGUGUUUGCAGCGGACGGGACGUCUGAUGACAUUGACGUUCCACUGAGGAAACUCUUUGCGGAUCCAGAUUUAGUGAAGCGUUACGGUCUCAUGAGUCUCAACUCUGUGAACUGGGCCAGGAUUCUGCUGCAGUUACCUCAUUUCCUGUUUGCAUACCUGCAGCUCUGCACUCUGCAGCCGGACGCAGACGCACUGCCUGAGCUGGAGGUCCUGGUGCCCACUGGAGGAGCUGGAAAUAUUACAGCUGGAUGUAUCUUGAAGAAGAUGGGCGUUCCUCUUCGACUCGUCGCCAUGGUAAACUCCAAUGAUAUCCUUCACCGUACGGUCCAGAGUGGAGAUUUCUCUAUGGCGAGUGAUGUUAGGCAAACUCUGGCUCCUGCCAUUGACAUUCAGGACCCAUAUAACAUGGAGAGAGUUUUCUGGCUUCUGUCUGCUGGAGAUACUGAGAUGGUUCGAAGUGUAAUGGAGGAGUUUCAGAAGAUCCAUAGAGUCGCUCUUCCUCUGACACUUCAUAAGCAGGUGUGUGAAGUCUUGUCAUCAGGUUCUGUGUCUGAUGAAGGAAUUCUUUACACCAUGAGGAGAUGUUGGCAGGAGAAUCAUUAUCUCAUCUGUCCUCACACCGCUGUGGCUGUUUGGUAUCAUUAUAACCGAGCCGUCACGCCAGGAGUUAACAGAUGUUGCAUAGCGACAGCAUCACCAGCCAAGUUUCAGGAGGCGGUGCAUCGGGCCGGUUUGACCCUUGACCUCCCUGAAGACGUGCUUGCAUUAGAGACAAUGAAGACACGAUAUAAACCUCUGGAAAAAUCUGAGGACUGGGAGACCAAACUGAGACAACACAUAGAGCUCAUCGGAUCAGUGAGAGAUCGUGGAGAAACAUUUUACCAAAAAAAGACAAAAGAUUUACAAUCAUGAAGUGAUGACUUUGAAGUGUUUCAAUUAAACUUUAAAAAAAAUUUUGGCUUUUAUGCUUGAACAAUUCAGAGCCAUUUUAAAUUGUGAAUAAACUAUAAGUACGUUUAUCUGUGUGUGUAUCCAUGAAGGCUAAAGUUUACUAGGUUUUAUUGUGGUAUGAAGAUUAGUAGAGUUUGGACUUUGGUUCAGGUGAGCUCCAUAUGCAGAGCAA